ACGGCCAGCCCCGCUCCCGGCCCCGCUCCCGGCCCCGCUCCCGGCCCCGCCCGCCAUGACGCUCCUGGCCGCCGGCAGCCGGGCGGCCGCGCGCCUCCGCGGCCCCAAGAAUGCACCAUGUGUCCUCUUUGCAGCCCGUCACGCCAGUGCCGCCACGAACCUGAAGGAUGUCCUGGCAAACAUGAUCCCCAAGGAGCAGGCAAAGAUCAAGAACUUCAGGCAGCAGCACGGCAGCACUGCCAUCGGGCAGAUCACGGUGGACAUGGUGUACGGUGGGAUGAGAGGCAUGAAGGGGCUAAUAUACGAGACCUCGGUGCUGGAUCCCGAUGAGGGCAUCCGCUUCCGUGGCUACAGCAUCCCCGAGUGCCAGAAGCUGCUCCCCAAAGCGUCGGGGGGAGAGGAGCCGCUGCCCGAGGGUCUCUUCUGGCUGCUGGUGACAGGAGAGGUGCCCACCCAGGAACAGGUCAGCUGGGUGUCCCGCGAGUGGGCCAAGCGGGCUGCGCUGCCCUCCCACGUGGUGACCAUGCUGGACAACUUCCCCAACAACCUGCACCCCAUGUCCCAGUUCAGCUCUGCCAUCACCGCCCUCAACAGCGAGAGUAAAUUCGCCCGUGCCUACUCUGAGGGCAUCAACCGGGUCAAGUACUGGGAGUUUGUCUAUGAGGACGCCAUGGAUCUGAUUGCCAAGCUGCCUUGCAUUGCCGCAAAGAUCUACCGCAACCUGUACCGCGAGGGCAGCAGCAUCGGGGCCAUCGAUCCCAACCUGGACUGGUCCCAUAACUUCACCAACAUGCUGGGCUACACCGACCCGCAGUUCAUUGAGCUCAUGCGGCUCUACCUCACCAUCCACAGCGAUCACGAAGGUGGGAACGUGAGUGCCCACACCAGCCACCUGGUCGGCAGUGCGCUCUCUGACCCAUACCUUGCCUUUGCCGCGGCCAUGAACGGGCUGGCUGGGCCCCUGCACGGCCUCGCCAACCAGGAGGUGCUGCUGUGGCUCACCAACCUGCAGAAGGAGCUGGGUCAGGACGUCUCAGACGAGAAGCUGCGAGACUUCAUCUGGAACACGCUCAACUCGGGCAGGGUGGUGCCUGGCUACGGGCACGCGGUGCUGAGGAAGACGGAUCCCCGUUACACCUGCCAACGGGAGUUCGCUCUCAAGCACCUGCCCAAGGACCCCAUGUUCAAGCUGGUGGCCCAGCUCUACAAGAUUGUCCCCAAUGUGCUGCUGGAGCAAGGCAAGGCCAAGAACCCCUGGCCCAAUGUGGACGCUCACAGCGGGGUGCUGCUGCAGUAUUACGGCAUGAAGGAAAUGAACUACUACACGGUGCUGUUCGGGGUCUCCCGGGCCCUGGGCGUCCUGGCACAGCUCAUCUGGAGCCGGGCGUUGGGCUUCCCGCUGGAGAGACCCAAGUCCAUGAGCACAAAGGGCCUCAUGCAGCUCGUGGGCUACAAAUCUGGGUAAAGAAGGGACACGGGAAGGGCCGUGGCUCGCUGCUCCCCGGGGAGCACCGAGGCACUGCCUUGCCGCCGCACUGGGCCCAGGACAGACUCGGCACUGAACCCUCCUCAGGCACUGCCCCCCCCCCCCCCCCCGUUAUCUGUGGGGCCAUCUCAGCCCCACAGCGCUGCUCUUCCCCCCUUCCGACCCCACGUGCUUCAGCAGCACUGCCGCGCUCCCACUACUUGCGGGCUGUGGGAAGGGGAGACGAGGCAGCUGCCACGGGGGUGUCCCGCUCCCCGUCCCGUCCCGCCCUCCCCAGCACAGGGCUGCCCCCACCGCCACGGCCGCCACCUGCCAUGGGGGGAGGGAGGGGGCUCCGGCCCCCAGUUCCUCCCCGCAGCAGCAGCAAGGGGGCAGGUGCUGGGCCAGGCACCCCCACCCGGUUCCCAGCAGCACCGCGCAUGGAGGGAGCCCCCAGCUCCCCCGCUGCGGGGCUGGGGGGCCGGCGUGGCUGCGGGCGGGUGCCCCGUCCCCACCCCGCCGGUGCCACCCCGGCGGGGUUCAGGGCAGACUCGUGUCCAGGCUCAGCUGUGACAUCGGCUGCCCGCGGCAGGGCCUCGAGCCCUCGGAGCAGCUCCAUAACGAACGAAUGUCUCAAACCUCCCUUUCUCCCUAGAAAGGACUUGAUACACUCCUCCUGGCCCGCGCCCCUCGCGUGUUUGUGUGAAUCCUCUUGUCCGAUGCCCCUGGCAGCCAGAGCUGCCCCCCCCCGUGCCCCCCUCCCCAGUGUGAGCCGGAUGCUGGCCCCAGCCUGUUGCAGGUGUUGGGCGGUUCUGUACAAACAACAACAAAAUGCAAAAUAAAUGUUUUUAUUAACAAACUCA